CAACAAAGGUCAAUAUGGUCACUCCUGCCGUGAAGCAUACCAUCGUGAAGAAGCGUACUGCUACCUUCAAGCGCCAUCAGUCCAACCGCUUUAUGCGUGUCGGUGAGUCAUGGAGAAAGCCCAAGGGUAUUGAUAACUGCAUGCGCAGACGCUUCAAGGGUAGCUCCCCCAUGCCCAAGAUUGGUUACGGUUCCGCCAAGAAGACUCGCAACUUGUUGCCCAAUGGCUUCCGCAAGUUCACGGUCUCCAACGUCCGCGAACUCAGCCUCUUGCUGAUGCACAACCGCACCUACGCUGCCGAGAUUGCCCACAACGUUUCUUCCAAGAAGCGUGUUGCAAUUAUUGAGCGCGCUGCCCAGUUGAACGUUAAGGUCAUCAACGCUGGUGCACGCCUCAGAUCCCAGGAGUAAAUAGUCUCGUGUAUAUGUAGAGGCUAUGUGUUUUUUUUACUACAAACAAAUACAUAUAUUCAUUUGAUAUGAUACAUCUGAAGAAUGAAUUGAAUCAAAUAAAGGGCAUUUGAUGGCUUACAAAUG